AUGGUCGACCGAAUGGUUAUCGAAAAAGCACUGGUGUCAUCGCGCGCGACCCAGGUUGACGAAACCACAACGCUGGUUACUCUCGUAGGCGAGAGGGAGGACGCGUCGCACAGCGGAGUCGGCGUGGUGCGACGAGAGACUCUUCUGUUGGCGGGCGACGGGAGAUUAGCGACGCCAGCACAGCCAUCCGUAUCCGCCGCAUCAUUACUAGCAGCAGGGGGAGGGGGAGGACUGGGAGAAGAAUCAGGUGCAAGCAUAGCAGCCAGUGCGGCAGCGGGCGUACCUGCAGUGGCAUCUGCAGGGGAAGGCGAGGGCGUGGGAGCGAGGGGGGGUGGUUCGCUUGAGGAACCGCAUGGGGGGGCGGAGGGAGAGGCCGAGGCGGGUAGCGCUGGCCCCCAGCAGCAGCAGGAGGAGCAGCAAAUGAAACGACAAAGAAGCGAGUCUCCAGCAAGGAGCAGCAGCAGAAGGGACCGACUAGGCAUCAGGUCUGGCAGCAACGCCGGUGGUUCGUCUGCCACACACCGCAGCAACCACACGGCCACUACUGGCAGCAGCAGCCGCAGCAGCAGGCACGGUACCGAACGAUCCCGCGGCAGCUUGAGAGGCUCGAGCAGUGCGGAGGAGGGCGGUGAGGACGCGUGCAGGGGGCGGCGCAUCUUCAUUCUGGACCUCCCUGCGCGCUUCAACCGCCACUUGCUCGCCCAAUGCCCCAAUGUGUGUCCGCCCUCCGCCCACCCGCAUCUAGCCGCCUGCCAUGGCAUGGGGCUCCCCAUCCCCGCUGCUGCCAGCCCUGUACGCGAUACAAGGCGCUCCAAUACCGAUUUCGAGGUUCCUGAUGCUUCAGCUUCCUUUACCAGGUCCAAGCGCAGGGAACGAAGGAAGAAACGGAGUCGAGGGGUGAAGAGAGAGAAGGCGAGCAGCAGAGGCAAACUGGGCUACAGCCACAGCAGGAAGACGCUUGCAACAGCAACCGAUGCUGAGUCAUCAGACAUUCUCGUGGUGUCAGCAGACUCUAGCGCUGAGUCAGCAGACACGACCACUGACUCAUCAAACACAAGCACUGAGUCAGCAGACUCAACCGCAGAGUCAGCAGACUCUCUCGAACCCACUGCUCAGGUGGACAUAGGCGGCCCCGGGUGGUAUACCACCAGCCAGUUCGCCCUGGAGCGGCUGUUCCACGUGCGGCUGCAGCAGUACCCGUGCCUCACCCCCCACCGUGCUGCAGCACAGCUGGUGUAUGUGCCCUACUACCCCGGCUACGAUGUCAAGCGCCACCUCUCCUCCGCGCCCAACUGCUCCGUUACCGACGCCCUGGGCCUCGCUGCACUGGAUGCUGCCUUUACUGCUCACGGGAGGGGUGCUGGUGGCGGCGGUGAUAGUGGUGGCGGUGGUGGGGAUGGGGAUGGGGAUGGGGGUGGGGAUAGUGGCAGUGUCGCUACUGCUGCUGCCUCCGGCAGUAGUGGUGGUGAUGCGGCGUCCGCCUCACCUCCGCUCCUCCUCCUGCUCGGCCACAUUGCCAUGGAGUUUUUCCGCUUCCCCUACCAGACCUGCCCCGGGCCAGGCUCGGCGCUUCUUCGGGACCCACGGCUGGUUCGGCAGGGCAACGCUGUGAUAGUGGGGAUAGAGGCGUACCCUGAAGGUGUUCCUGUAACGAGUGUGCCUUAUCCGAGUUACUUCCACCCUCGGACCAAAAGGGAGCUAGAUGAGUGGAGGAGCAAGGUGAUGGGGGGGGAGUGGGAGGAAGGGGAGUGGGAGGGUGAGUGGGGUGUGGGAGAGAAAGAGGAGGGAGUUGGAGGUGAAGAGGAUGGUGAGGAGGGAAUAGGGAGAGGGGGAGAGGUGGAGGAGGUGGUGAGAACUUUGGAGCGUAAGCUUGGGGAAGCGGAGGGUGAUGAUGAUGAUGGUGAUGGUGAUGAUGAUGGUGAUGGAGAUGGUGAUGGUGAUGGUGGCAGUGAUGGUGGCAGUGAUGGUGGCAGUGAUGGUGGCAGUGAUGGUGGCAGUGAUGGUGGCAGUGAUGGUGGCAGUGAUGGUGGCAGUGAUGGUGGCAGUGAUGGUGGCAAUGAGGGGGAUCGAGUUGAGGAGAUUUGGAAGAAGCUGAAGAAUCAGGUGUAUGGGGAGGAGGAGAGUAAAGGUGGGAAGAAGAUUGGUGAGGAGAAACUAGGGGAGGAGAGGGAUGAUGGGGAGGAGGAGGGAUUGGAUAUGGAGGAGGUGGUGAGAAAGGAGACUGUGAAAGGGACAGAGGAGAAAAGGAAGGUGGAGGAAGAGGGAGGUGAGGGAGAUGAUGGUGAUGCCGAUGCCGAGGAGAAGGAGGCGACGCAGGGAGAAAAAGGGAGGGACAGGCAGAGGGGAGACGAGGAAGAGGGGGAAACGGAGGGGGACAAAGAAGAGGAGGAGGUGGAGGAUGUUGUGAGGCAGGUGUGGGAGAAGCUGCAGAGGAAGGUGUUGGGUGAUACAGAUGAGGGGGUGGGUGAGACGGAGAGACAAGAGGAGGAGGAAGAGGAAGAGGAAGAGGACAAGGGAGAGGAAGAGGAAAAGGACAAGGGAGAGGAAGAGGAAAAGGACAAGGGAGAGGAAGAGGAAAAGGACAAGGGAGAGGAAGAGGAAAAGGACAAGGGAGAGGAAGAGGAAAAGGGCAAGGGAGAGGAAGAGGAAAAGGACAAGGGAGAGGAAGAGGAAAAGGACAAGGGGGAGGAAAAGGAAGAGGAAGUGGAAGGGGAAAAGGAUGCGGGAGUCGAAGACGAAGAGGAAGGGAUAGGGGAGGGUGAGAAGAAGAGAAGGGAUUUGGAGGGAGAGAGUAAAGUAAAGGAGGCGAAAGGGGAGGGCGAGGAGGAGGAGGAGGAUGAAGACGGUGUAAAGCGAGCUUGGCUGAAGCUGCAGAGAGAGGUGUUGGGUGAUACCGACGAUGAUGGGGUGGGCGAGAGCAUGGACCGAAAGGAGAGAGGAGGAGCGCAAGUGGCGGAUGAGGAAGGGGAAAAGGAAGAGGGGGAAGAGGAAGGAGGAGAGGAGGAGGGGGAAGAUGAUGAUGAGAUGAAGAAAAUGGGGGAAGAAGAGGGAGAGGACAACAGGGACGUGAAGGAGCGGGUCAGUGCAAGCGAGCUGGGAGGGGAGGGCAAGGCGGCAGAGGUCAGCAGUGGUGAGACGCGCGCAGGGCAGGGCGAGGAGGUGGUGGGCGACGGAGCGGGCGGCGCGCAAGAGGUGAGCGAGGGAGAGGAAGUAGCAGAAGCGGGAGAUGGGGAGGAGGGAGAAAGAGAGAGGGAUGCAGGAGGAAACAAAGGAGACAAGGAAGAGGGUUUAGAAGAGGAGGAUGAGGAAGAAGUGGAGAGCAGAGAGAGAAAAGCAAGCAGGGGGGAGAAGACGGCUGCUUCAGCACGGCCCACCUUGCAGCACAGAGGGAAGGUGAAAAGGAGAGCCCUUGGAAGGGAAGGAGGGGGGCGGCGGGAAGAAGGUGGUGGGAGUGAGGCUGAGAGGCGGAAGAAGGGCAGAGGGGGAUUGAGGGAGAGAGGGGCGCGAGCCAUGGGCGCAGAGAGUGGUGCGCGGGGGACCACGGAAUACCGACGCAAGAGCAAUCAGCAUCAUCAGCAGCAGCGGCGGCAUGGGGAAUGCCCGGGGGCAGGGGAGGAGGUGGCAGCAGCAGUGGCGCCAAACCCAGUGUACCUGUGUGACUACCCCCGCAUUGUCAUGCGCGUGCACCUGGACUCGCUCUUCUGCCUGCAGCCCUGGGGGGACAGCCCCACCCGCCGCUCCUUCUUCGACGCCAUGCUCGCAGGGUGCAUCCCCGUGGUCUUCUCCGAUUGGUCGGUGCAACGGCAGUUCCCUUGGCACUUGCCGGUGCAUGAAGUGGAGCGGAUCGAGUUUGAGGUCGGGGCUUCUGGGGAUGCUGUGUCUGUGUCAUCGUCCCGCUCUCGCUCGUCCCGCUCUCCCCGCAACGCGCCUUUCUACGUCUUCAUUCCAGCCGAAGCCAUUUUGAACGGCUCUGCCAACCUGUCUGCCCUUCUCUCCUCUUUUCCUCCUUAUAAAGUGACUCGCAUGAGGCACAGAAUCAUGCAGCUGCUGCCUCGGCUGCUGUACAGGCGAACGGGGGACGAGGAUGGGGUGGUGAGGAGGGUGAUAAAGAGCGACAGAGGUGAAAGCAAAGAGCAGGAAGAGGAAGAGGGGCUGUCAUGGGGGGGUGAAGGGGAGGCAGGCACAAAUGAGCUAGUGAAUGCUGAUGCCGGUAACGAUGACACAUUCAAAGAUGCUUUUGAUGUGAUUAUAGAGCGGGCUCUUAGCCAUGCUCUUGAGCUGGCCUGGGCUGCACAAGUAGCGGACGAGGAGUGA